CAGCCCGGCCCGCGCGCGCCUGACGUGGACCAUUGAACUUGGAGCUGCCGCCUCGUCCCCUCUCUCCUCCUCCCUCUGACAGGCGAGCGAGCGAGCGAGCGAGCGAGGGAGCGAGCGAGGAGAGAGCGAGCGGCUCCUUCCUUCUCCCGGUGCAGGGAGGAGACGCGCGGGGCCCCCGGCGGCGCUGCCCGCGGAGAUGACUUCUGGCCGGAAGGGCGCCCCUGGGAAGCCGACCACGGGGGCAGCAAAGUUUGGGCACAGCUGAGGAGCCUGGGCUGCAGCCCCAGCCAGCCCCAUCACACACCCCCGCCCCCCGGCUAUGGAGGGCGGACUCUAAGAUGAAUCCCGACCUGGACCCCGGCCACAACACGUCAGCACCUGCCCCCUGGGGAGAUGCCAACCUCACCGGCCCCAACCAGACCUCGAGCAACAACGCCACGCUGCCCGAGCUGGACCUCACCCGGGCCAUCUCCGUGGGCCUGGCGCUGGGCGCCUUCAUCCUCUUCGCCAUCGUGGGCAACAUCCUGGUCAUCCUGUCGGUGGCCUGCAACCGCCACCUGCGGACGCCCACCAACUACUUCAUCGUCAACCUGGCCAUCGCCGACCUACUGCUGAGCUGCACCGUGCUGCCCUUCUCGGCCGCCCUGGAGGUGCUGGGCUACUGGGUGCUGGGCCGCGUCUUCUGCGACAUCUGGGCCGCCGUGGACGUGCUCUGCUGCACGGCCUCCAUCCUGAGCCUGUGCGCCAUCUCCAUCGACCGCUACAUCGGCGUGCGCUACUCCCUGCAGUACCCCACGCUGGUCACCCGCCGGAAGGCCAUCCUGGCGCUGCUGGGCGUCUGGGUCCUGUCCACGGUCAUCUCCAUCGGGCCCCUGCUGGGCUGGAAGGAGCCGGCCCCCAAGGACGACAAGGAGUGCAAGGUGACGGAGGAGCCCUUCUACGCCCUCUUCUCCUCCCUGGGCUCCUUCUACAUCCCGCUGGCCGUCAUCCUGGUCAUGUACUGCCGCGUCUACAUCGUGGCCAAGAGGACCACCAAGAACCUGGAGGCCGGCGUCAUGAAGGAGAUGUCCAACUCCAAGGAGCUGACGCUGAGGAUCCACUCCAAGAACUUUCACGAGGACGCGCUCAGCAGCACCAGGGCCAAGGGCCACCACCCUAGAAGUUCCAUCGCCGUCAAACUUUUCAAGUUCUCCCGCGAGAAGAAGGCGGCCAAGACCCUGGGCAUCGUGGUCGGCAUGUUCAUCUUGUGUUGGCUGCCCUUCUUCAUCGCCCUGCCGCUGGGCUCCCUGUUCUCCACCCUGAAGCCCCCGGACCCCGUGUUCAACGUGGUGUUCUGGCUGGGCUACUUCAACAGCUGCCUCAACCCCAUCAUCUACCCGUGCUCCAGCAAGGAGUUCAAGCGCGCCUUCCUGCGCCUGCUGGGCUGCCAGUGCCGGGCCCGCCGCCGCCGCCGCCGCCGCCGCCGCCUCCUGGGCGGCUGCGCCUACACCUACCGGCCGUGGACGCGCGGCGGCUCGCUGGAGCGCUCGCACACGCGCCGGGACUCGCUGGACGACACGGGCAGCUGCCUGAGCGGCAGCCAGCGGACCCUGCCGUCGGCCUCGCCCAGCCCCGGCUACGCGGGCCGCGGCGCGCCCCCGCCGGGCGGCCUGGAGCUGUGCGCCUUCCCCGGCUGGAGGGCGCCCGGCGCGCUGCUCGGCCCGCCCGAGCCCCCCGGCCGCCGCGCGCGCCCCGACGCCGGCCCCCUGCUCGCCUUCCCGCCGCUGCCCGACGCGGCCGGCGACGCCGACGUGGCCAACGGGCAGCCGGGCUUCAAAACCAACAUGCCCCUGGCGCCCGGGUCGUUCUAGGGGGCGGGAGGG